AUGUUACUUAAUUAUCUAAUUCACAAGAAUGAUAGCAACAAGGAGCUGGUUUCAAAGCUCAAACAGUUGGAAUCUAAUAUGAGUUCAGGACGCAAGUUAUUUCGGCUGGGUAACACAGCGGAUGCGGUUCAGGCGGCCAGAAGAAAUGUUCAGCUUUCGGACCCAAUUCUUCGAUUUUGCCUUACCGUCAUUCCUCUCAGUCGGGCUGUGUACUUCAUCUGUGAUAAUAUUCUCUGGAUGGGAACAGUGGGACUUAGUGGUAUCAACAAGGACAAAUGGAACAAGCGGUGCAACCACUACUACCUCUUCUCAUUGAUUAUCAGUCUAAGCAGAGAUGUCUAUGAGGUUUCCCAGCUCCUAAAAGAAACAGCAAUGGCCCAAAAGGUCCAACAGUGUAAAUCGAUAAACCACCUGAAAGCCAAUCAUUUGCAAAGAGAUUUUGUCUGGACAUUAAGGGUCAGAGCUGAAGAUUUCUUCAUACUGCUUUAUCAAAGCCUUAAAAAUAAUCCUCCUGUAUUACUCGACAUCAUUAAAAACAUCUGCGACUUAUCCCUACCUUUAGACAAGCUAGGCAUUUUCAAAACCAAUCCUGGAGUGGUGGGUCUUUGUGGUCUUAUUUCAUCAGUUCUGUCAAUUUUAACUUUGACGCACCCAACGUUGAAAUUGAGACCAUGAACAAACCACCUGCUCUAUGAACAAAAAUCUUAUUCUUUCUAUAAUCUGUUUAUCAGAGAAUUUCCGGGAAGUUAAAUAAAUUGCUUUCAGAAUGCAGGCUGUGGAUUCUGAAAGCAGGCUAUCUAAUAUGGUGUAUUUUAAUGUUUUGCCCUCAACAUGAGCACUUCAAUUGUGUUGAAAAACAGAAGUUGCUGGAAAAGCUCAGCAGGUCU